CCCUAAACAUUAGAGAAUGACUCGAUCAACACAUAUGUUUAAUCACCCCUCAUUCUCCGUCUUCAAUCUACACAAUACUAGUUUUUGAAAGAAAAAAAAUUGAAUAAAAUCCAUAUACAUACGCAACUAAGGUUCGUUGUUAAUUUCAGAAUUUGUCCUGAAUCCAUUUGCAUGUAUCAUAAGUGUUUUCGAGGAAUUCCUGAUGGAAAAGGAACCGCUUAUUCCAUCGUGUUCGAAGAUCCCAAUAACACCGUCGCAAUUCUGCAAUCUACCGGAAGAUAAUGAAAUCUCCAUUCCGGCAUUUGAAGAUAUGCUUAUAUUUGAUUCUCCUAAAUCGUCUUCACAAGAAGUUGAUGCCCUAAAUCUUAGAGAGAAUAUUGAUAAUUCUAGUGAUUCCCCGAAACCCUUUGAUUCUUGUUCAGAUUCGAAUGUGGGUUCAGAUCCAAUUCCUGUUUUAAAUCAAGAUUUACAAAUUCAUAUCCCACAUUCUUGGUCAGUGGAUCCUAUUCACUCGUUUAAGAAGACUAAUCGACAAUGUUCGGAAACUACUCACAACGAAUUUGGUCAGCCUUCCAACCCUAAAUCGCAGCAGUUAGCGUCUUCUUCGAUUGCUCGACAAUGGAUCGUGUUAUUGAUCAUGUAUCUGUCACUUGGUGUGGUUAUAUAUUGUAGUAGGGAAAAUUUCAUAGAUUCUGAGACUCAUGUGGCUGUUGAUGCUCUUUAGUUUUGUUUCUGGACAAUUUUACAAUUGGUUUAUGGUGAUAUUAUUAUGAAUAGUCCGUUGACUAUGAUGAUUUUGAUCAAA